AUGAACGGCUAUCAGUUGUUUUUUAUCUGAUCCUGUCCAUCCAUACCUCGACCAUGAAGUUUGCCUUGUUUCUGCUGUUUGCCCUGGUGGCUGUGGCUUGUGUUAGCGCCAACAAGAGGUGGCUUGGAUCAAGGGGUUAUUAUCGCAGAGGUUACAACCUAAGAUCCUACCGCUACGGCCCUCGUCGUUACUUUGGCCGUUACCGCUACUACGGAUCUUAUAAAGGUGCCUGUGGUGUAGAUGGUGUUUACGCUAGAUCUUCUAAUACCCUCGUCUUCUGCACCAACGGCCGCGCUUUGGUCCAGAAAUGUGCUCCAGGAUCCGCUAUCAGCGGCUUGAAGAAAGGAAGCUAUUACAGCUGGAACGCCGUUUGCAAUGUGAAUCUUCUUGGUUAGAUGCCAGUUAAAGUUCAAUGGCUUUCAAGAGAAAUCCCAGUGCCUCCGAAUUGAAUUCGAAUUCAGAUAUUGUCCAGUUUUUAUAUCAUGAUAUAUCAGUGAAUUCGACAAAGAGAGAAUAAAGAUUAUGAGAACA